UCAGUGCUGGGGUUUGGCAGGGGCACUGAUCCUUGCAGUGGAGCUGGAGGGUUGCAGAGACAGUGGAGGAACAGCGCUGCAGUCAGGACCCCUGCUCAAUGCUGCCCCCUGCCGCUUAACCCAAGCCCCGCCCUCUAGACGCUGGUUGGCUGGGCGGAAAGCGUCACUGAUUGGUCAGGAGGGAUGUCCAUCAAAUUGAUCGACAGGAAAGGCCUGGUUGGAGCAGCCAAGCCUGGGUCUCAAUUAUCACCCGAUGCGGCGCGAUGUCGGAGCCGACGAUGGAGGAGAUCUGCCCGGACUGGGGCGACGACGAGCGCAUGGCCUUCCUUUUCUCAGCCUUCAAGCUGAACCGCGAGGUGAACUGCUCGGACUGGGACAGUAAGCUGGGCUUCUGGACGGAGCUGGUGCUGGAGGCGGCGGGUCGGCGGGGCCGCGUCGGCUUCACCCCGCGGGAGCUGGGCGUCUGGUUCCAGAGGAAGGGCUCGGCGCCGCUCGGCCUCGGCACCGUGCUGCAGGACAUGGCCAGACGAGGGCUGAUUCAAAAGGAGUCGAGCUUUGCGGCAAGUGUUGAUGCUGGCUGGCUGGCAUGGGGUGUGGGGCUGUUCCUGAUCAAGCCCCUAAAGUGGACACUCUCCUCUUUUCUGGGAAACAAUACGGUUUCACCUGAUGAAUCGUUUGUUAUUGUUGACCGAAUAAAGGAAAAAGCAGCUGAUGUGUUGAAACUUUGCCGGAAUUUCCUGGACAAGUCACAUCCUGUGGCAGCUUUCACCACACUGCAGCAAGUGUGUCAGAGUGUGUGCGAGGACGAGAAGACGUUCUGUCUGUGUCUGCUGCAGCUCCAGAAAGAAAAGAAAGUCACAGUUGCUGAACUUGAGGGCGAUAAGAUUGUGAAGUUCAUCCACCCUGCCAACAGCAAAGCUUUGGCAGUGACUGAGGUUGAUGUUGGGGUGUACCAUCUGGUGAAUUGUGAGAAGAUGUUAUCACAGAAAGCAGAAGCACUUUCCCAGGAGGCCGAACGUCACAAGGAGGAUGCAAGGAAGCAUUUAAGGACCGGUAAGAAGAACUUGGCACUGAAAUCUCUAAAAAUGAGGAAGAGAGCAGAUAAACAACUGGAAGACAUCCACGCAAAACUUGAUACGAUUCAGACUAUCCUGGAUCGCAUCCACUCCUCCCAGACUGACGUCAAGGUUGUUGAAGCUUAUCAGGCAGGGCUCGGAGCUUUGAGGCAGUCGAUGAAAGACGUUAAUGUGGAGAAAGUUGAGAACCUGAUGGAUCAGAUUGAACAGUUCUGUGAAACACAGGAUGACAUAAGCAGGACUCUUGCUGGUGAAAACAUUGAUGCAAUAGGAGAUGUUGACACGAGUGAAUUGGAAGCUGAGUUGAAUGCUCUCUUGGAAAAGACACCGGAGAAAACUCCUGUGAUCCCAGAUGUACCAGUCGGACCACCUUCCGGGUCUCCCAGUUAUGACCUGCUGGAUGCUGAGCUGGAGGCAGAGCUCAGCAAGCUGACUCUGUCUGACAAAGGUCGCACUGUUGAAACAAGGAAAGCUGCAGUGUCACUGGAACCUGCACAAUAACCUCUGCUGCUGGGUCCACAGAGCAAACUGGUCCCUCACACACGUCUCAUCGUGGACAACCAGGAGGUCGGUGACAGGAUGCACAGAUAACUGUUGCAGUCAAUACUGGAGAAAUCUUUUACAUUCUUUCCGGUUUGCUCUAGGACCUGGGACAAAUGGUAGGAUUUUUCCCCCAAAGGAUCUUGAGCAAUUUUGGAAGAGAACUUUUCAGGUCCUAUCUCCUUCAGGAGAGGUUCAGUCAUUGGUUCUACACUGACCACUUUGGCCCAACAUCAGCAGAUGUGGGUCACAGGUCAGGGGCCUGUUACUAUCGAUGAUGUUUAAGGGUCUUUGGAGGUAGGGAAGGGGCUUGUUGCUCUGAUCAAUCCAGACUGCAGUGAUCUGAUAUCUCGAUGCACUGCACAUUCUCACUGCCACCCCUGCUGCUAAAUAGCAGUUGGGAGAACAUUGAGGAGAGAAAAUCAAGGAAAUUGGCUAUCCUUCACUGACCUGACCAUCUCCUUGUGGCAGUUGAAGGACCAGAUGUUCAACUGGAUAUUAUCACUCUGGCAUCAUUUGACAGACCAGACUUGCCCCAGUCUUUGGGAUGUUCAGUCCAUUGAAUCUGAGGUGCUGCUGGACCUCCAGCUCAAUGUGUGCGGGAUGUUGGUGGGAGUGCAACUAUAACAAGGCUGUCAGAGAAGUCCGUGGAAAUCCGCAGCAUUAACACUGGCGGGGAGCCAGCUCUGAGGGGAGGUCUGAAAGGACCGAGCUUUACUGCUGCAUCCUGUGAACGGGCUUGUCACCUCUGUGAAAGAUUUCCCUAGAAAAUUACUUCCAUUGUCGCUCCCACCUCAGAUUGACCCUGGCUAGAAUUAUGAAGGUGUAUUUUGGUCAAAUCUCUCUACACUUUUCAAUUCAUCUUUUCUUGCAGUUGUGAAUUGUUUGUGAACUGUGGAGAAACCCCAGCGGUACCCGAGAGGACAGCCGAGGUGUGUAGACCUCGGGAGCGGCUGGGGAGAUGCUUAUCCUCCCCCCACUGGCUCCAGCUUUAUAUUUAACCCUGAAAAUUGUACAAAGUCUUUGGUGUAAAUCCAUUUGUAAAUGUAUGUGAUGGUAGAAUAUAUUAGCUAAAUAUCUGCAGUGUCCAGAAACCCUUUUUUUGUCUGUUUGAAAUAAACAAAAAUAAAGGUGUACAGUUUCCCCAUU